AGGUUCCGAGAGCGCGAAGUGCUUCCGGUUCGCGCGGCGCGCGAGCUCCGGUCGCCGGGUUCUGCUUCCGGCGCGGCUGGUUCCUGGGACGCUCUCUUGGGGGUAUAUUUUGAACAUAUGUUACAAAUAUGGCUGUCUCUCUUAUUAUAAAAUGGGGUGGGCAGGAAUUUUUGAUAACCACCUUGUCAGAAGAAGACACAGUGCUGGAUCUCAAGCAGUCCCUCAAAGGACUUACUGGAGUGCUCCCAGAGCGUCAAAAGCUUCUUGGACUUAAAGUAAAAGGCAAGCCAGCAGACAAUGAUGUUAAGCUUGGAUCACUAAAAUUGAAACCAAAUACUAAAAUCAUGAUGAUGGGGACUCGUGAGGAAAGCUUGGAAGAUGUCCUUGGGCCACCGCCUGAUAAUGAAGAUGUAGUCAAUGAUUUUGACAUUGAAGAGGAAGUGGUUGAAGUCGAGAAUAGGGAAGAGAAUCUGCUGAAAAUCUCCCGCAGAGUUAAGGAGUAUAAAGUGGAAAUAUUGAACCCUCCGCGAGAAGGGAAGAAAUUGUUGGUCCUGGAUGUUGAUUAUACCCUGUUUGACCAUAGAUCAUGUGCAGAGACUGGGCUUGAGCUGAUGAGGCCGUAUCUGCAUGAAUUCCUGACAUCUGCAUACGAAGACUAUGAUAUUGUAAUUUGGUCUGCUACCAAUAUGAAGUGGAUUGAAGCUAAAAUGAAAGAGCUGGGAGUGAGCACCAAUGCAAACUACAAGAUAACCUUCAUGCUGGAUAGUGCGGCCAUGAUAACUGUGCACACACCAAGACGAGGAUUAAUUGAUGUGAAACCCUUGGGUGUCAUAUGGGGCAAAUUUUCAGAGUUUUACAGCAAGAAAAAUACUAUUAUGUUUGAUGACAUUGGACGAAAUUUUCUUAUGAACCCACAAAACGGACUAAAGAUAAAACCCUUCAUGAAAGCACAUUUAAACAGAGAUAAGGAUAAAGAGCUUCUAAAACUUACUCAGUAUCUCAAGGAAAUAGCAAAAUUAGACGACUUUUUGGAGUUGAACCACAAGCACUGGGAAAGGUACCUUUCAAAGAAACAAGGACAGUAGCUUUAUUUUGUGACAUUGAAACCAGGCGGAACAUAGAGACCCUUUGACCUUUCCUCUUGUGUAAGCUAGAAUAAAGUAGUGCUGGACACUGACUUAACCACCCGAACAACUGCUUAUACUUGGUCUUCCCGUUGGUUUGCUCUAGGUCUCUCUGUCUCUUCUGAAGAUCGCCACUAACAACCGAAAGGGAAAAUCAUUUGCUUUCCCCUUCCUCCCUUGCAUUUAUCUCUGGGGUUACUAUUUAAAAAGCAAUGUCAUUUGUACUGCUACUGUAGUAUCCCCAAAACUUUAAAGACCACAUUGUUUGGAAAUGGGGUGGAAACCCCCCAACAUUCAGACCAAAAAAAAGAGGAAAAUCCCCCAACCCAGAUAUUUACUAUGGAGCCAGUUUGUUUUUUCUGCAUUCUCAGUUCUAGAAACCAUUUCCCCUUCCCUGUUUAUGGUAUUUAAGUCUAUGAACUAUAAGAUGUCAAAUUAUGUAUUAGUAUGUCAAGUGUUCCUUUUGUACAAAACAGUUUUAAGGAUGGAAAGCACCACUAGAGGGCAAAGAUGCCUUCAUAUGUGGAUUGUGAUAAUAAAACUGUUAUGACUGGAGAGAAGAGGAGGGAUUUGAAAACAAAACCUUUUAAUGCUUGGUUGAAAAGCAUUCCUUUUUUGUUUUUUUGUUUAACAACAACAAAAUCUAACCAGAGUAAAGGUUUAAACCUGAAAAGAGCUAAGAGCCUAAUUCCUUAAAGCAUGAACAUUAGCUGUUCUGUUCUUGUUAAAUCUUGUCAGGAUACAAGCUCUUUUACUGGCAAUAUUCAGCCACAGCUGUUCUAAAGUGUCACUUGUGCUGCUUCAACCUGCACUGUGGAAGUGUGAUGCGCCUGCUGUCUCGCAUUGCCGACAGUCCCUUGUCAUGCCAUUCUUGUAUUUGAAAGCAGAUUGCUCCUUUCAAAUAAAGAUAGCAUAUAUUGUUCUUAAGGAACUAUAGCAGGUCUGCUAAUAAUAAUGAUUAUAAUAAUAAUAAUAAAUGCCUUUUCUUAAAA